AUGGCGCCCGUUAUAGACGACCAAAGCAGCUACACGCAUUACCUCGUAGCACGACAAGCUGUCCAAGAUGAGACAAUCAAUCGUCUGACACCAACUGACGAUCAGAAAAUAACGCUUAUUAUUAUUGGUGUAUAUGUCGCUGCCGUUCUGAUAUUAUGGAACAUGCCUGUUAUCAAAAUUGUGCUUGCACCGUUCAAGCUCCUGACGGUGGGGUUACACGAGUUCUCGCAUGCCAUCGUUGGAUGCUUUACGUGUGCGAAAAUCGAGUCGAUAGAAAUUGAUCCAGAUGAAGGCGGUGUUACUCGCAUGCGUGGAGGUAUUCCCAUGUGCACUCUGCCUGCAGGUUAUCUGGGAUCCUCACUUAUUGGCGCCAUCCUUGUCAUGUGCGGAUUCGACGUGCUUGCAUCCAAAGUUGCCUCUAUUUUUCUGGGCGUCUGCUUAUUGUUCACAUUGUGGUGGGCUAGAAAUUGGCUCACGCGUGGUAUUGGCGUCCUCUUUAUUGGUUUAAUUGUCCUUUUAUGGCUCGUCGCUCGCAGCGUUGGUCUAAAAUAUUUCGUAUUAUUUGUUGGCGUUAUGUCGUGCAUGUAUUGUCUGUGGGAUAUCCUCGACGAUCUGGUGUUCCGGAAAGCAUACGAAUCCGAUGCAUCCAAAUUUGCAAAACAGUGUGGUGGAUGCAUGUCCAGUCGUGUCUGGGGCGUCUUGUGGUUUUUCAUUAGCUUGAUCUUCUUCGUGGCCGGUAUAUUAAUUGGUCUAGCCGCUUUCAAAGAAGCAGAGAUGCUUACAGAUGAAUUCCUUGAACAGAACUUGAAAUCGGUAUAA